AUGGCGACAAAUGCACCCACUCUGAUCAACUUGCCUCCUCCGCCCUCGGACCCAGCUACGCCUAGCGAGAUUCCGGGCACACCGAACUCAGCUACUACGACUAUGUCAGAGCUGUCUACAGUUGCCAUCAAAGACGGACAUCGUGGGCACUUCCCUCACCACCAACAGCCUGCUGAUGCCGAGCGAGCGGAUCGUAUCUCGCGCUUAGCAGGCCUCGAGCGCAUUGGUGUAAGCGGCCGUACCCCUCAAGGUCUUGGCCCAGGAAGUGCUGCCAACCCACCACCCGGCUACUUCGAUUCGAACAACCAGCCGCAGCUGUUCCGUGAAAGAAGUACUGUCGGCAGCGCCUCAGCCACUGGUAGUGCAGGUGGUCACACGACCUGGGCGAGUGGCAGCGAUGGCAACGAGCCGGACCGAAUGAGCGAGGGUCAGACAGAAGAGACAUCAAGCGUCGGCGGUUUCAGCGACGAGGCUUCGCUAGUUGGCUUUGGAGAGGGAGCGAGGACGCCUGCUCGGCAGCUCAGCCAGCUCGGCAGUCCUGCCGUUGGCAAGGCGAGCGCAGUGCCUGGAUAUUUGAGGGAGCAGGCACCCGCCAGUCCAUUGACAGGUGUCAGCAUUGCGUCCAACGCAGGAACAACUCAGACUACCUCGAGCACCGAGCAGCAGCGACAACAAUCACGAAUGACUGAAGGCAUGACCUACGACGAGAGCGAUUCAACGAACCGCACACCAGGUCCUGGCCAGUCGUCUACGGCACAAGACGUCAUCCGCGAGCGCAUGCGUCAACAAGAGGCUGGUCAGGGUGCUAUGGACUACGAACAGCCCAGGGAGAACUAG